AUAAUUGACGCAAAAUAACAUCUUACAAUACCAAUAAAAUUAACACAGCUGGUAAGAAACAAAGAGCAGAAUCUAUUUCACACACGCUAUAUAUCAUUUUCUAUUGUUUCAACAAGUACCCGAUGAGGCUAUAAAAGCGAUAGGUGAGCCGGUGAUACUUUGUCAGACGUGAAAAUGUGGAAGUUUGUACUUAUAGUGGGCAUCACUGCCGGCAUGUUCCUGAGUGUGACCUAUGCAGGUUCAAACGAGGCCAUAUCUGAUGAGAGUUCCGAGAGUUCCGAGGAUGAUUCAGCCGAGGAUAACGAUAAUUAUGAAGACGGCAAUAAUGAUACAGAAUGCUCUUGUAAAAAAAACUGUCCCGAAGGCGAAGAGUACUCAGACUGUCCUCAAGCAAUAUGUGGUCCUAUAACAUGUGAUGAAACAGGUUUCCCGAAGACCAUCUGUGGCGAUAAGGCUAUAUGUGAGCCAGGGUGCCUUUGUAAAGAUGGCAAACUCAGAAAUAAAGACGGAGAAUGUGUUUCACCAGACCAAUGCCCGUCUUGCGGCGGUGACAAGAAUGCAAUGUUGGGAUGCGGCACCAAUUGUAAAAAGAAGUGUUCAGAUUUAGUCAAUCCUAAUCGUGUAUGCGGUAUAGGUUGUCAAUUAAAUGGAUGCAACUGCAAGAACGGGUUUUACUAUGACAGCAAUUUAAAGAAAUGUGUUAAACCAGAAGAGUGCACCUCUACAUGUCCAAAAGGCGAAGUAUACUCAGCUUGCCCAGCUGCAAUAUGCGGCCCUCUAACAUGUGCUGAAGCUGGUUAUCCAAAAAAGAGCUGUGGCAAUAGCUCCCCCUGCUCGAGCAACGCAAGUUGCAUAUGCCAAGACUCCUAUCUAAGAAAUUCGACUGGAAAAUGCAUUCCUUCAAAUCAGUGUCCAUCAUGUGGAGGUGACGAGAAUGCAAUUCCUAGCAACCGUGGCAACUGUGGGCGCACUUGUGCUGAUGUAGGCAAGAAUGUGACGGCUUGCCCAGAAGUGUAUAUAAUAAAUGGAUGUGAAUGUAAACCAAACUACUACUAUGAUACCAAAAUCAAAAAAUGCGUCACAGCAGAGAAAUGCAUUCCAUCCUGCCCGGCCGGUGAAGAAUACUUAGAUUGUCCGGAGGCAUCCUGUAAACCCUUGACAUGUGAUGAAGUUGGUUAUCCAAAAUCCAAUUGUGGAAAUAGUUCUUUACAUUCAUGCAAACCUAGAUGCGUUUGCAAAUAUGGUAACGUGAAGAAUAAGGCAGGAAAAUGUGUAUCUCGAAAAGAAUGCCCGAGUUGUGGCGGUGACAUAAACGCAGAACCUGGAUGCGCUACAAAUUGCGGAAAGAAGUGCUCUGACGUGGUCAUCCCGAAACUUAUGUGUCCUAAAAUUUGUUUUAACAACGGAUGUGAUUGUAAGAAGGGUUAUUACUACAACGGUGUCUCCAAAAAGUGCGUUAAAGCGGAAGAUUGUCCAUCAUCAUCCGUAUGUCCAAAACCUAAUGAAGUCUACGCAAGUUGCCCAUCUCCGGGCCCCGGACAAUUAUGUACUGAUUAUUUGAAAAACUCAACUUGUCCCAGUGACAAUAGUGGGAACAAUACAACUGUUUGUCAUCCAGCAUGCAUAUGCAAGAAAGACACUUACCGAAAUAAGAAAGGCAAUUGUGUUAGUGGUAGUCAAUGUAAAGAUGAUGCCUGCCCAGACGGCGAAGAAUAUUCUGAAUGUCCUGACGCAUCCUGCAGUCCUUUGACUUGUGACAAGGCAGGCUUCCCAAAUCCUAAUUGUGGGAACAGCUCUUCGUGUCCUGGCAAACCUGGGUGCAUUUGCAAAGACGGAAAACUUAGGAACAAGGAUGGAAAAUGCGUAGAUUCAAACGAAUGCCCAUCUUGCGGAGGUGACGAAAAUGCGGUACUUGGUUGCGGUAAUCAUUGUGGACGUACAUGUGCUGACCUACGCAGCAAUGUCACCCGGAUCUGUCCACUUUAUUGCAUACUGAAUGCCUGCAGUUGUAGACCAAACUAUUACUAUGAUGGUAAUACCAAAAAAUGCGUUAAGCCUGAACAGUGCUCUUCAACUUGUCCUGUUGGAGAGGUUUACAAGGAGUGCCCUCCAGUCGAGUGUGAUGCAGAUUAUUGUCCGCGGAGCAGCGACUCGCCUCUAAAAUGUCCGAUUCCGAAAAAAUGUGCAAAAGGAAGAUGCGUCUGUGGCCCUAACAAAAAACGUGACCGCAAGACUGGCAAAUGCAUACCCGUCGCAAAGUGUCCUCCUUUCCUAUGUAGCAAACCGAAUGAAGUUUACGACAAGUGCCCACAGGAAUCCCAGUGCCCCCGAGAAACAUGCGACGAUUAUUUGGAGAACUCGCCUUGCGCUAAACACCGCUUGGGCAUCUCUGUACCUUGCAAGCCAGCAUGUAAAUGCAAGAAAGGCUACUACAAAGAUAGCAAAGGAAAUUGUGUCACUCCUCAAAAGUGCGAAGAGCUUGCCUGCAAACCAAACGAAGUAUUUUCAAACUGCUCUAAUGCAAUAUGUCGUGCGCAAGAUUGCAAGGAUAAAGGGAAGCCCGUGCCUUGCCCGGAUUUGAAGCCGGGAGCUUGCAUCCGCAGUUGUGUCUGUCGUGAGAAUUAUUUGAAGAAGAACGGUGUAUGCGUACCACAGGAUCAGUGUGUAGACACUCCAACUUGUCCUGUUGGAGAGGUGUACAAGGAGUGCCCUCCAGUCAAGUGUGAUGCAGAUUAUUGUCCGCAGAGCAGAGACUCGCCUCAGAAAUGUCCGAUUCCGAAAAACUGUGAAAAAGGAAGAUGCGUCUGUGGCCCUAACAAAAAACGUGACCGCAAGACAGGCAAAUGCAUACCCGUCGCAAAGUGUCCUCCUUUCCCAUGUAGCAAACCGAAUGAAGUUUACGACAAGUGCCCACAGGAAUCCCAGUGCCCCCGAGAAACAUGCGACGAUUAUUUGGAGAACUCGCCUUGCGCUAAACACCGCUUGGGCAUCUCUGUACCUUGCAAGCCAGCAUGUAAAUGCAAGAAAGGCUAUUAUAAAGAUAGCAAAGGAAAUUGUGUCACUCCUCAAAAGUGCGAAGAGCUUGCCUGCAAACCAAACGAAGUAUUUUCCAGCUGCUCUAAUGCAAUAUGUCGUGCGCAAGAUUGCAAGGAUAAAGGGAAGCCCGUGCCUUGUCCGAAGUUGAAGCCGGGAGCUUGCAUCCCUGGUUGUGUCUGUCGUGAGAAUUAUUUGAAGAAGAACGGUGAAUGCGUACCAGAGGAUCAGUGUGUAGACAAUGAAAAGGAAUGCGGUUGUGGUCAAAAACCACAACAACCUUCAAAUAACACCUGUGGUAAUGUGGAAAACCUAAAACUGGCUCUCACACAUGGAAGCAACAUGUUUACUAUAAAUUUCUUAUACCAACAAGUAAAAGCAAACCCUGGAAAAAGUGUUAUCUCAUCACCGACUUCAGCUUUGCCUUGUUUGGCAAUAUUAGCUUUAAAGGCUGAUGGACCGACGUUUACAGAAAUAGCGAAAGUUAUGAACCUAACGACUAAGGAACAGAUUCGUUGCGUCUUUAAAUCAUUUCUAGAUUCGUUCCAGACAGCUGAAGGCACACAACUUGAUCUUGCCAACAAAAUUUAUGUAUCAGAAAAUUAUAAACUAAACAGUUCUUUCGAACAAGAUACUAAGAAUAUAAUCAAUGCUGAAGUAGAGAGUGCCAAUUUCAGUGAACCUGUUAAAGCUGCUGCUAACGCAAACAAAUGGGUUUCAGAUCAAACUAAAGGCAAAAUCAAGGACCUCAUAUCACCUAGUAUGUUAGAUUCAUUGACAAGGUUAAUACUACUAAGUGCCUGUUACUUCAAGGGAACGUGGAAGACUAAAUUUAAUCCUAAUAAUACGAAGUCAACAGACUUUUAUGUUAAUCCAAGCAAGACCAUAAAAGUUGACAUGAUGCAGCUAAAAACAAAAAUGAAAUAUUCUAACAACAAAGAUCUAGAUGCCCAGCUUAUUGAAUUACCUUAUAUGGAUUUAAACGUCACUCUUUUGGUAGUUGUUCCCAAUCAAAAGUUUAGUUCAUCGGAUCUAUUAGUUAAAAUGCAAGACCCAACAAUUCUCAAUACUGCCAUGAAUAACUUAUAUGAAGAAACCGUCACUUUAUAUUUGCCAAAAAUAGACGUGUCCUCAAGUACCGAUCUGAAAGAAAUAUUGAAAUCAAUAGGAGUAAAAACUAUUUUCGAUGAUAGCGCCGCCGAACUAAGGGGACUGAUUGUACCAGACGAAGACUUGUACGUAUCAAAAGCUGUACAGAAAGCUACUAUCACGAUCAAUGAAGAGGGCUCAGUAGCUGCCGCAGCGAAUGCAUUCAUAGUGUCCACUAGAACGGCUUCCGUGCGGCCUCAGAUGCAAUACGUCGUGAAGGCAGAUCAUCCAUACCUUUAUUGUAUAAAAAUCAGAAAAAUUCUACUUUUCUGCGGAGUUUUCACUGGAUGAGAUUCACUAAAUAAUCCAUCGUUUCUUGGAGAAAUUUUUGAAAUAAAGUGUUGCACUGACUAAUUGUGUUUUAUUUAUCAUUAAAGUCUUUCCAAACAUACUUAUACACCGUGAAUUUUGAGUUACCAGAGACAAAGAUUUAGAUUAUAUUUCCUCAAAAAAAAAUGUUUUUUUUUAAAUGUAAGUUUAUUUAUAUAGAAAUUCAUAACAUCUAAGACUAGAGUGCAAAUGCUCGUAUUCAUCACACAAUCAUGUGCCCCCACCGGGAUUCGGACCGAGAACCUCUCGAGUAAGCGACACCUUGAAACCCGGCGCACAAACCACUCGGCCAUGAAGGUCGUCAUUACUAUACAGGGUGGUCCAAUUAGUGACGUCAACAAUUUGUUUUUAGAUUCUUCGCAUCUGGGUGUAUCCGAAAAUAUAUGUUAUAUGUUCCGCGAUUUUUCUUAGUUUUCGAGUUAUAAUUUUUUUUGUGUAUUUUUAAUGAUUUCUGCCAGCGAAGUUACAAAAAUUCAUAUCUUUUUUCGUAGUAAGUAUUUUGCAGUCUUUUGUUUGUGACAUAAUUGUUUUGAAUGUUGUUUUAAUAAAAAAAAUAACUCAGCUUCCUGAAAUUACUUAAAGUUACUCAAAAAAGGCUUGAAAGUUGGAAAUUUAGUUUGUAGUAGGAUUUACUCAAACAUUCAACUUCAAUUUAAAAACACAAAAAGGAGUUUCUAUAGCUUCUGGCUACAAUUAAAAACUCUGCAUGCUUCUAAAAUACCAAAAACAUAAAAAAUGUACUUAUUCAGCCUAUUUUUGUUGUAACUGGCCUUCGAAGGCGGAUAGGCGUAAAAUCAUUGAAACACGAUUAAAACAUUAAAAAAUAUUUUAUCUACUUUUUAUCAUUGUUAUGGUAAAUUAAACUUCAAAAUGUAAUUUUAAAUUAAAUUUAAUUGAAAUUCCUGUACAAUAACUUUAGCAUGUGUAAUUUUACAAUAAUUUCGGUUUCACCACUAAGAUUUAAAAUGCGAACAAGAACUGAGACAAAAACUUAGGGGAGUUAGGGGAGCCCACGAUGCUAAAUGGGGAUUUACUCGAGCGUUGUGGAGACCUAUUGAAUUUUGAAGAUCAGAUGGUAGAAAGAAAAAAAGGUUAAAUGAUGCAUACCCUUUCACCGGUGGAAAAAGCAUCUAGAAGCUUUCAAAAAGUAAAAUAAAAUAGUCACACGGAAAUACUCGAGAGCGUCAGAUAUUGUUAUUGUAUAUGCCCCUUUUGUCUCUGAUGACGGAUGAAUGUUAAUCUGCCGGUUUGCAUGGUGGGACUAGCCGUAAGGAUGGAUUGAAAAUGGGGAAAAAUAAAAUUUACUCGAGCGCGUCAGAUAUUUGGAGGGGAUGUUAAGUGAGCCUAAACGAAGCUCAGAUCCAAAAGUCUGACGAUUCGGAAGCGACGCAAACUAAAGUCUGUCCAUUAUAUUAUUAUCUUUUUGACAGAUCGAUCAAUGUAAAAAUUGUGACAUCCUAUCACAUAACUCGUUCGAUUUAAAGCUAUGAUCGAUUUUAUGCUAAAAUAUUGUUUAGUCGAUUAUAAGUAUCGAAAUUAUUUUAAUUAUCAAAAAUACUGGUGUUUAAUAAAUUAUUACAAAAUUUCAUUAGAUUUAUUAUUUUAUCUAGUACAAAUGUUUGUAUGAUGAGCACGAGUAUUUGUUCUGUGUUUGGGUGUGAUUUAUCUAUGUUUAAAUAUAUAACAAAAAAAGCAGUAUACUUUUUAUAUGUUUGUUUAUCCUAAUACUCUGUACAAUUACAUUUAUUGAUUAUAAUAAUUUCAUUUAAAAAAAAGGUUUAUAAAAAAUUAUAUCUUUCGACUUUUUACGUUUAAAUAUUUUUGAGUGUUGGCAACACCAUGUUGUGGUGGUGUAUUGCGCCAUUUUGAAGUCACUUGUUCACUGAUCUUGCGGCAGUAGCAACGUAAUUCUUCUUUUUCAACAUUUUAUUAAAUGUUAAGUUGAGUAGUCUUUUAGAGACUAUUAACCUCCUUUUCAUACUUUUUUUAUUACGCGUUUAAAGUGACGUUUUAUUGUAAAAUAAUUUUGUUCUUUUUUUCUCUGUCAAUAAAAAUCGUUUGGAAAUUUUGCCUACGUAUUUUUCUCUCGUGAAAUAUUUAAUUAUUUUCACAAGUCAUAUAGUGUUGAUUUGUUACUUUGUAUUGAGCAAACUGUUCAUCGGUAAGCUCUAUAUAUGUGCUGUACUCACUCUGUAAUCGUUUAUUUCUACCGAUUAUUUGUAAUCUGUGACAUAAUCUUAGUAAUCAUUAUGUGUGGCACAUCACUAAGUGGGCGGUACCCGUCCAUGAAGUACAAUAUUAUUUGUAUGACAUUUUAACGUUAACAAUACGAAAUUUCAUGGAACUCGAUUUGUCAAAAAGAUUAUAAUAGAAUGGACAAACUAUAGUGAAGACUUUUUGAAAAUGCAAAAAAAAAUCGCCUUCGCGUCAGAUUUUCAUACAGGCGGUUCAGCUUGAUGCCCUGGUUAUGCUGAUCCAUAAUCUGACGAAUAUUCGGAGGGAUUUCCUUAAUCUGACAGUUUAAAGAAAUGUUUCUUCGUCAUUGUUUUCCAAUCAUUGAAUGUGAUAAAUAACAUUCAUAAAGAAUAGCAUGCAAAUAUAAAUAAGCUGAAAAUUUAAUCAGGGUUAAAUUAGGCCAACAUACACUCAUUAAAAAAAAUCAGCUCAUUUGCUUCAGCGGUUCGUGCGAUAAUUUGGCGAAAAUUUUUAUUCACGUAUUUACAGACAUGUUUGAUUUAAAAAAAGAAGAUAAAUAUAAUAAAAUUACAUUAAAAAAAAGUGUUACAUUUCAGUCUCUGGUAAGCUUACAGAAGAUAAGGUGGAGUACUCUAGACUCGGACAAAAGUGAGUUUGAUGCCUAAGUCUGACAUUUGCAGAAAAUUAAUAAUAAUAAAUAAUAAUUGCUUUUUUAAUAUUCAUAAAUAGGUAACAAUGCAACAAAACAUUGUAUUUGUGUAUUGUAAACAAACCAGAGCGUUGUACAUAUAUUACCACGAGGUUCACGAGCGCUGUGAUCAGCUGUGAAAGCGUAAUGGUAGAUAGGAAGUGAUGUGGGGACGGUGCGAAAGAGUGGAAGAUAGAGAAAGAGCGAAAUAGAGAGAGGCGCGUAGUAUGAAAUACAUGCUUUGCUGCAGCUGCACGCGCAACACGUUAUUAACGAUUUUUGUUACUUCGCCUUGUCCAAAUCGGCAGAUUAUUAUAAAUUUUAUACUCUUUAUUGUAUCAUAUAGUUUAAAAGUCAAAUACAUAGUAAGUAAAGGUGGGCUUAUCUCUAAAAGAGAUCUCUUGCAGCCAACUUAGGUGGUGUCGGAGAUCAAAACUUAGCGGGAAACAGAAAGUGCAAUAAAAAUUAAACUAAAAAUAAUUUAUUACUACUGUUACAGGAUAUAGACAAUAAAUAAUAUAUUGUUUUAAACUUUCAUGGUCACUAACAUUAUAGUAAUAUAAGUUAUUUACGGGAUUGUUACCAUGUACCUUGUUUUUAUAAUAUCGGAAACUCGCUAAAAACAAGGUACAU